CUCACCCUCCCAGACCAGCAGAGGCAGCAGCAGAAGCCGCAGCUCCCGCCAGCCCCUCCCGCCGUCGCCAUUCCUCGCCCGCCCGGCUCUCUCCUUCCCUCCCUCCCCGGGGCAUCUCGCCUCCGGAUCGUUCCUUCCUCCCCGUUCAUCCCUUGUUUUUCCUUCCCCUCUCCUCCCUUCCCCGUUUAUCCCUCUCACUGUUUCUCUUCCCGCCCUUCGUUUCGCAUUACACGGCGGUCACCUCAAAGUCCUUUGUAACUUUGCAGUCUCGUCUUCAGUGACCAAAGAUCAGACUUGUACAGCACCUGAUACAACAGAACUUGGUUAACCAUGGACACCGGUGUUAUUGAAGGAGGCCUGAAUGUUACACUCACCAUUCGGCUGCUUAUGCAUGGAAAGGAAGUUGGAAGCAUAAUUGGAAAGAAAGGAGAGUCUGUUAAGAAGAUGCGUGAGGAGAGUGGUGCUCGCAUUAACAUCUCAGAAGGAAAUUGUCCUGAAAGAAUAAUUACUCUAGCAGGUCCUACAAAUGCUAUCUUCAAAGCCUUUUCAAUGAUCAUUGACAAACUGGAAGAGGAUAUCAGUAGCUCUAUGACAAACAGUACUGCAUCCAGCAAACCUCCGGUUACUUUGCGUUUGGUGGUUCCUGCCAGCCAAUGUGGAUCCCUUAUUGGGAAAGGAGGAUGCAAAAUAAAGGAAAUCAGAGAGAGUACAGGGGCCCAGGUCCAAGUAGCAGGGGAUAUGCUACCUAAUUCCACAGAAAGGGCAAUCACAAUUGCUGGCAUUCCUCAGUCUAUCAUAGAAUGCGUGAAGCAGAUCUGUGUGGUCAUGUUGGAGUCCCCUCCGAAGGGAGUUACCAUCCCAUACCGACCCAAGCCCUCAAGCUCUCCAGUGAUCUUUGCAGGUGGUCAGGUGUCGCGCCAGGCCGGAGGGCACGCAUGUGAGACUGACCUGUGGGAGGGACGAAGGUCCCACACAGGGGGGGUCUCCCUAGAUGCUGUGGAUCUCCAUGGGGCCUACACCAUUCAAGGACAAUAUGCCAUUCCUCAGCCUGAUCUGACUAAGCUGCACCAACUGGCAAUGCAGCAGUCUCACUUCCCUAUGUCUCAUAGUGGUAACACUGGAUUCAGUGGUGGCAUUGAUGCUUCAGCUCAAACAACUUCUCAUGAACUCACCAUUCCAAAUGAUUUGAUUGGCUGUAUAAUUGGACGGCAGGGUGCAAAAAUAAAUGAAAUCCGCCAGAUGUCUGGGGCACAGAUUAAAAUUGCUAACCCUGUUGAGGGUUCAACUGACCGUCAGGUGACCAUCACUGGAUCUACAGCCAGUAUCAGCUUGGCUCAGUAUCUUAUAAAUGUCAGUCUUGAAAGCGCUAAACCCUCCUCUUCCCAGAGCACCUCGACCCCUGACCUUCUCAGCAUCUCUCAAACCUCAAUCCCUUCCUCCUCCAACGCCGCCCCUUCCUCUCUGGUGACUGCCUCCACAGCCGGGGGUUGCGAACCUUCCUCAGCCUCCACAAACUCUUCCUCCUCCUCGGAAUCACCUUCCAGACUCCCCAACCCCUCGACUGUCCCCCGUAUCGCCAAUCUGCUUGAUAUGAAACCUGUCCCACUCCUGGCGCUAAAUGUCGUGUCCACAGCCUCUUCCUCUACCUCCUCCUCUGCUGCUCCUGCCUGUGCCGCCCAGCUGUACUCUAAAGUGAAAUCGGACAAGCCACGUUUCUCUCCCUACUGAAUUUCCUACUGUAUGAGUUGCAGACUGCUGGCAUGUCCCAUGUAUUGGGAUGUCCUAUACAAUUUUUAUUUUAACAUGUCCAGUUUGAAAUAUGUAUGUAAUGUUGCAUUUGCUGUAAUCCUUAAUGUUAA